AUGUCAAGGGCUAUUCAAGAGAAGAAGUUAGGUGCGGGACGUGUCGUCGCAGUAGCAGUUGAGAAUAAUAAAACAAGCCAAUAUGCAGCUAAAUGGGCUGUUGAUAAUCUUCUUCCUAAAGAUCAACAUUUAUUAUUAGUUCAUGUUAGACAAAAGGCUUCUUCAAUUCCUACAACAACUGGAAAUCAUGUACCUAUUGAUGGCAAUGAUGAUUUGGCUAGAGUUUACAUGCAACAAAUGGACAACGAGUCUAAGGAGCUUUUCGCUUCAUUUCGUGUAUUCUGCAAUAGAAAGAAUAUACAAUGUAAAGAAAUAUUGUUGGAGGACAUGGAUAUAUCUAAGGCAAUCAUAGAAGGUAUUACAACAUAUUCCAUUGAACUUCUGGUUCUUGGAUCACCAUCAAAGAGUGGUCUUGUAAGGACAACUGAUGUUCCUAGUCUCGUGUCGAAAGGGGCACCUUCAUUUUGCACGGUGUACAUUAUUUCUAAGGGAAAAAUUUCAUCUGUAAAAACUGCUACUGCUCCAAUACCUGUGAGAGCCAUACAGCGUGCAUUGCCGCCGCCACAACAGCUACAUCAAAGUCCUGAUAGAAUGGAUUUACAUUCACUAAUGCGAAACCACCCACCACGACCAUCUGCAGAGAAGCUAACACACCAUACAAGCCAACAUCAAUCCCAUCAAGAUGAAAUCAUAUCACCAUUUACAAGAGGUGCAAGACCAACACACAGAUCGUACGAGUCCUCAAUCCCUGAAUCCGAUAUCUCAUUCGUGAGCAGUGGAAGGCCGAGUGUUGAUAGGCUGUUUCCUUCUUUGUAUGAAGAAAUGGACUCUGUCCCUCGGCUUUCAGGAAGCACAGAUUAUGAUGUCAGAAGCUUCGGUUCGUCUUUCUCAGGAGGUGCUAAGUCAAUUGAUCAAUCUGAAUACUCAUUCAGUUCACAAGACAGUGGGAAUGGGUCCAUGUCAUCACUACCAAGGAUAUCAACCUCGGAUGAAGUGGAAGCUGAAAUGAGGAGAUUGAGGUUAGAGUUGAAGCAAACAAUGGAAAUGUAUAGUACAGCUUGCAAGGAAGCACUGACAGCUAAACAAAAGGCAAUGGAACUUCAGCGUUGGAAAUUAGACGAACAAAGGAAAAUGGAAGACGCACGAUUCUCUGAAGAAACAGCAUUGGCGAUAGCUGAGAAAGAGAAAGCAAAAAGUAAAGUUGCCAUGGAGGCAGCAGAAGCAUCUCGAAAAAUUGCAGAGUUGGAAGCACAGAAAAGAGCGAAUGCAGAAAUGAAAUCUCAAGCAGAUUCUGAUCAGAGGAAGAAGAUAGGAGGAGGAGACAGUUUCUUACACGGUCCUGCUCGGUACAGAAGAUACACUAUCGAGGAAAUCGAAGAAGCAACAGGCUACUUUUCCAACUCACUGAAAAUUGGAGAAGGAGGUUAUGGACCAGUCUAUAGGGCUGAACUAGAUCACACUCCAGUUGCUAUAAAAGUGUUAAAACCUGAUGCAGCUCAAGGAAGAUCACAGUUUCAACAAGAGGUUGAAGUGCUGAGUAGCAUAAGGCAUCCAAACAUGGUUCUCCUCCUUGGAGCAUGUCCAGAGUUCGGUUGCCUAGUGUAUGAGCACAUGAGUAACGGAAGCUUGGAUGAUUGCCUCUUCAGGAGAAAUAAUAAAAUGCCAGUUCUACCAUGGCAACUACGAUUCCGAAUCGCAGCGGAGAUUGCCACCGGUCUCCUUUUCCUUCACCAGACAAAACCAGAACCAUUGGUGCACCGUGACUUAAAACCUGGAAAUAUUUUGCUCGACCGGAACUAUGUGAGCAAGAUCAGUGAUGUUGGGUUGGCAAGGCUUGUCCCUCCUUCGGUUGCAGACACCGUGACACAGUAUCGCAUGACAGCAACUGCUGGAACUUUCUGUUACAUUGAUCCGGAGUACCAACAAACAGGCAUGCUUGGAACAAAGUCUGAUAUUUACUCACUUGGGAUCAUGCUUCUACAAAUGAUAACAGCAAAACCACCAAUGGGUUUGAGUCACCAUGUUUCAAAAUCUAUUGAGAAAGGUACUUUUCGUGAGAUGCUUGACCCUGCUGUGGAGGAUUGGCCAGUUGAACAUGCAAUGCAUUUUGCCAAGCUUGCUCUUCAGUGCGCUGAAAUGAGAAGAAAAGACAGACCUGAUCUUGGGAAAGUUAUUUUGCCUGAGCUUAACAAACUCAGAGAUUUUGCUGAUGAUAACAUGCCUAUGAUGAUGAUGAUGUUUGGUGCAAGAAAUAACAACGUUUACUCACGAACCGGGUUUUCCUCAUCAAAUCAAGACACAAUGAGUGAUUCCCAAUCAAUGUCAUAUGAAAGCAACUCAAACUCAAGUACAUCAUCAUUGGGAAAAAUGUAGAUUAUGCAGUCCAUUGUAAAUAUUAAUGCUUCU